CCAGAACCUGGAGGCGGCGAGGAGGGGAGAGUUGGGUUUGAACUUGGAGCUGGAGCUUGGCAUAUAACGUGUGAAGUUGAGAGCAGCGUGAGGGCUGGGCGUCUGGCUUACACUUGCCCGCUGUAAAGUUGCUCGUGCUCGAAUCUCCCUCUCCGGGAGGGCGCGGGUGGCGGAGGGCCGCGCUGGGCGCCCGCGGGCGUGCUCCGAGAGGGUGGUGCUUGGGGCGGCGGGUUCCUGCGGGCUCCGCGGCCGCGGCGCAGAGUUUGUGCCUGGCGCUUCCGAGGCUGGCCUCCUAGACCUAGUCCCGAGAUCGAACCGCCUUUCGCUUCGCAGUAAAGGGCUGAGAACGUGAUCAACCCCUUAAAGCAGGAGCUGCCUUCUGAUGGGAAUCUGCUGAGGAACGCGGGCAGGCGCUACUUCUGAAGACGCGGUGCACGCUUCCAGCUGCUUGGUAAAAGGAAGAGGUGGCUGGGGUUGCAUAUUAACCCUAGGGUCCCUUACAAAUAUUCCAGCCAGUCAAAUGUAUGUAAGCAAAGCAGACAGCACCAGGGUAUAACACUGUCACAGCAGCUUGAAGACAGAUGAUUCAGAUUUGGGGGACUUUCUUUUGCGUGCUAUCCUGAUAUGUUUGUCAUCAUGCAGUUAAGCAGAUGAUGUCCAUAAGUCCAUAAAUAUAAGCCAGUCUGGAAACGAGUGAUUAAAUUAAAUCAAAGAAUAAAUCUGGAGAGUAAAGCAUGGGUUUAUUCAAGUAUCAUACUAAAAAUCACAUAUGUUUAUGCAGGUGUUGAGGGAAAGCUAAGAGAAUGAAGGCUCUAAACCCCCAGUGGAAGCAUGAUAUGGCGGCGCAGAGCUGGUGCUGAAUUGCUCUCUCUGAUGGCUCUAUGGGAGUGGAUAGCACUGAGUCUCCACUGCUGGGUGUUAGCGGUUGCUGCUGUUUCGGACCAGCAUGCCACAAGCCCCUUCGACUGGCUCCUCUCUGAUAAGGGACCCUUCCAUCGCUCACAGGAAUACACAGAUUUUGUGGACAGAAGCCGGCAGGGAUUUAGCACGAGAUACAAGAUAUACAGGGAGUUUGGCCGCUGGAAAGUAAAUAACCUUGCAGUUGAGAGAAGAAAUUUCCUUGGCUCCCCUCUGCCUCUUGCCCCUGAAUUCUUCCGCAACAUAAGACUUUUGGGACGUCGACCCACCCUUCAGCAAAUCACAGAAAACCUUAUCAAGAAAUAUGGGACACAUUUCUUGCUAUCUGCUACUCUGGGAGGAGAGGAGUCACUCACAAUUUUUGUGGACAAGCGGAAGCUGAGCAAACGAUCUGAAGGAAGUGAUUCCAGCACCAAUAGCUCCUCGGUUACUUUAGAGACCCUGCAUCAACUGGCUGCUUCCUAUUUCAUCGACAGGGACAGCACCCUUCGGAGACUUCACCACAUUCAAAUUGCAUCCACUGCCAUAAAGGUAACAGAAACAAGGACGGGUCCUCUUGGCUGCAGUAACUAUGACAACCUAGAUUCUGUCAGUUCUGUUCUGGUUCAGAGUCCUGAGAAUAAGAUUCAGUUACAAGGGCUUCAAGUACUCCUUCCAGACUAUCUUCAGGAACGUUUCGUACAAGCGGCUUUGAGCUACAUCGCUUGCAAUUCAGAGGGAGAAUUUAUCUGCAAGGACAAUGACUGCUGGUGCCAGUGUGGUCCCAAAUAUCCAGAAUGCAACUGCCCCUCCAUGGACAUUCAAGCCAUGGAAGAGAAUCUUCUUCGAAUAACUGAAACCUGGAAAGCCUACAACAGUGACUUUGAGGAAUCAGAUGAAUUCAAGUUCUUUAUGAAAAGACUACCCAUGAAUUAUUUCCUCAACACAUCUACUAUAAUGCAUUUGUGGACAAUGGAUUCUAAUUUUCAGCGCCGUUAUGAACAACUGGAGAUCAGCAUGAAGCAACUUUUCCUAAAGGCGCAGAAAAUUGUACACAAACUCUUUAGCCUUAGCAAGAGGUGUCAUAAACAACCACUCAUCAGCCUGCCAAGACAAAGAACCUCAACGUACUGGCUCACUCGCAUCCAGUCCUUCCUCUACUGCAACGAGAACGGCCUCCUGGGCAGCUUCUCGGAGGAGACGCACUCGUGCACGUGCCCCAACGACCAGGUGGCGUGCACGGCGGCGCUGCCCUGCGCGGUGGGCGACGCGGCCGCCUGCCUGGCCUGCGCGCCCGACAACCGCACGCGCUGCGGCGCCUGCAACGCGGGCUACAUGCUCAGCCAGGGGCUCUGCAAGCCCGAGGUCGCCGAGUCCACCGACCACUACAUCGGCUUCGAGACCGACCUGCAGGACCUGGAGAUGAAGUACCUGCUGCAGAAAACGGACAGGCGGAUAGAGGUGCACGCCAUUUUCAUCAGCAACGACAUGCGCCUCAAUAGCUGGUUCGACCCCUCCUGGCGCAAGCGGAUGCUGCUCACCCUGAAGAGCAACAAGUACAAGUCAAGUCUGGUCCACAUGAUCCUGGGGCUCUCCUUACAGAUUUGCUUAACUAAAAACAGCACGCUGGAGCCGGUGUUGGCUGUCUACAUCAACCCCUUCGGGGGCAGCCACUCGGAGAGCUGGUUCAUGCCCGUGAACGAAAACAGCUUCCCGGACUGGGAGCGGACUAGGCUGGACCUCCCGCUGCAGUGCUACAACUGGACGCUGACGCUGGGCAACAAGUGGAAGACGUUCUUCGAGACGGUGCACAUCUACCUGCGGAGCCGCAUCAAGUCCAGCGGGCCCAAUGGCAACGAGAGCAUUUACUACGAGCCUCUGGAGUUCAUCGAUCCUUCCCGGAACCUGGGCUACAUGAAAAUCAAUAACAUUCAAGUGUUUGGCUACAGCAUGCACUUUGACCCUGAAGCAAUUCGGGACCUGAUUUUGCAGCUGGACUACCCCUACACUCAGGGAUCCCAGGACUCAGCACUUUUGCAACUGCUAGAGAUAAGAGACCGUGUAAAUAAGCUCUCGCCACCUGGUCAGCGUCGCCUAGAUCUUUUCUCUUGCUUGCUUCGUCACAGACUCAAGCUGUCUACUAGUGAGGUGGUGAGAAUCCAAUCUGCUCUGCAGGCGUUCAAUGCCAAAUUGCCAAACACAAUGGAUUAUGACACGACCAAAUUAUGUAGUUAACCAUAAAUGUCAAGCACAACCCAAAAUCUUGAAGGAGUUUUUACAGUGCUUUUGUGGAACAGUUUAUGUUUGGAAGAGUAAAUUUAAAUUGUCUUUUCAAUAUCUGUCUUAUAUCAGUCAAUAACAUUGGAUGGCAAUUUACACACAUGAACUUGCUGACAAUGAAUAUAUUAUACUGCAGUUUUGGUUUAUGAAUGAAAUAAAUACUGACACCAGUCUAGAAGACAUUCUACUUUUUACAAUAAAUUUCAUUUGUAAUUUUA